AUGUCGAUUGUGAAUUCUUCCUCGUUGACGGCUUUCAACUCUAAUCAUGAACUUUAUGAUAAGGUCAGACCUGGUUUUGACCGAAACAAGAAAUUUCUAACCGAAUUCAUUUUUGAUCAAUGUCUUACCCGCGGCGAAGCAUGCAAUGUGCUAGAGCUUGCCGCUGGGACGGGGAAGUUUACCAAGGCAUUCCUUGAAGCUGUACAAAUGAGAAACAGAGAAGUAAAUGUAACGGCAGUGGACCCGUCGCAAGGGAUGCUGGAAAGUUUCCAAAAGAAUAUUGAAGUUGGAAGAAAUGUAGCUGUUUACCAAGGCUCGAGUUAUAGCAUUCCGCUUCCGGACAAUUCGGUCGACUGUGUCAUUGUAGCGCAAGGUUUCCAUUGGUUUGCGGAUUCUUCUUCGUUGGCAGAAAUUCACAGAGUUUUGAAUAAAAAAACUGGUAGACUAGCAUUAAUUUGGAAUUUUGAUGCUGCCAGCGCUGCUCAAAAAAUACCAAAUGCUAAUACAAAAGUGCACAUUAGCUAUGGGGACGACAAGGUCAGGCUUUAUGGGAAAAUAUACGCCGAGACAGUUAAAGAACUCGAAUUCAAUGGACUGAUUGAUAGUAGCGAUCGCGUUUUCAAAUUGGUGGAAAUGCUGGUGGGUAAAUUAACGAGUUGGGAUUUACUCGCAACGCACGUUUAUAGGUACGAUCACGCUGUGCCCCAAUAUCGACAUGGCGAAUGGCGCCGCUGCAUGGAAAAUCAAAAUUUUUUUGAUGCAGAUCGUGCUAUCGAGAGCUUUGACAUGGGUAUUGACUCUAUGCCAAAAGAGCUUGUAUUUCCUUAUUGGCUCUCAAGAAGCUACAUCACGAAUUUGUCUGAUCCCGAGAAACAGGCCGUGGAAAAGUGGAUGUCCGAAUCAAUAAGUAAAUUUCCUAUGCAACAUUUGUCCGCUGACGGCCAAUUUGUGAACAGAUUUCUAUCAACUCAUACCUAUGUCGUGCCAGUCAAAAAUAUUUCUUAA